UAAAGAGAUAAAAACAUUCUAUAACCAAAAGUUAGCCAAAAUACAAUCUAUAGAUACCCGUGGUGGGGCUACAUUUGUGGGCAUCACUCUUGUUCUUUGCAACAAACAAUAUUUCAAGUGAAUAUCUGAUGAUUGCUGAAAGACGAUGGCAACCGGCGUUAUGAACGAACACAUGAGUACUGUCUUUAAAUCGAGCACCAGGACGGCAAAAGCUCAGACGCCUGCUACCUUCGUGUCGGUGUUGGUGGUAAACGCUCAACGGGGACUAGAGCUAAUGGAGGCGGCCGUUGAUAACCGCUCUCCCCGAGAGGACGGAGAGCUAGAGGACGGAGAAAUCUGUGACGACGAUGCCGAGGAAACCGUCCCUGUGCGGCUGCUUCGCGACGGUCGCAGGCCAGGCCCUAACCGCGGCACUGGGCCGAGGGCGAGAAAGCUCCGACAGCUACCGUUGCUACCACCGCCGGACUUACGCCUGCGUCUACCCUACAGUUUAUCGCGCCCUGGAUCUGGGCCCGGAUCCUUCCCCAACGGUUCAGACCGGCCUCCUUCUCCACCACGUCCACCACUUCUGCCACCGGGACUUGUCCCUCUCGGAGAACCCAGCCCUCGCUCAAGUUUUUGGGAACGGAGCCAUUGUGCCUUAGGCCGAUUCCGGCAUCGGGUCAUGCCGAACGCCGGCCGUAGCUGGAGGAAUCGAGGAUGCCGUGGUCCUUUGAGUCGGUACAAUCUCGGUGACAGUCACGGUUUUAAGACUGAAUCGCCUCCCAGAAAACCGAAACCUUCAGGGCGGAAUCAUCAGAUCCAGGUGAGGAAAGUCCCUCACAAGGUGGAGAACAAUGUGGACGAGUCUUUUGAAGAUCUGCUGUCCAAGUACCGCCAGAUCCAACUGGAACUAGAAUGUAUCAGGAAAGAAGAGACCAUGGCACUGGAACCGAGUCCUGGGGCAGCAAAAGAAGAUGCCCCAGAUAAAGUCCAGAGUAUCACAGUGGCCAGAGCAGAAUAUGAUGAUGGACCAAGUUCUGUUGGACCAGAGGAACCAUCUCAGAUGGAGCCCAUGGAAAUGAAAGUGUUUCAGGCGUUCAACAUCAAACCUCUGCGUCAUAAAUUGUAUCAACCGACUCCGUUGGACCCUCUGAAACCCAGGAAAGACGAAGAUGAUGUAGGAAAACAGGAGGAAGACGAGCAAAAAAAAACAGACAGUGAAGAGACAGUAACGUGCGUUUGCUGCAGCGAUGAGACGCCUGUGAUGGAAGACAAUCAACAGAAGGAUUCGUGUUCUGUCUGUAGGGUAGAGUCUUCAGCGUCAAGUGAAGACUCCGCCUUAUCUCCUGACAAGGCUCCAGUGUCACGGGUUGAGGAGGAGGAGCUAUCGGAGCUGCAGCUGCGUCUUCUUGCACUGCAGUCGGCCAGUAAGAAGUGGCAGCAGAAAGAGCAGCAAGUUUUAAAAAAGAGCCAAGAUCGUAUCACCAGAGCCGCCCCAGAGAGAAAGACCACCGCCACCGCAGUUACCAGUCUGACUCCAGCAGGGGCUUCUACCAACAGACAGAGGGUCACCACCAGGGCGACCUCCUCUGCUGCUGCCAGUACAGCAGAAAAGGCCAAAACCAGAUCUAAAAAUGUGGAAAGGGAACAAGACCUGACCAAGGCAGGUCAAAAGCCCUCAGACAGGGAGCGCGAAAAAGACCGCCCAAAACCAAGUCCCAAAGCCGGGCCAGAGAAAGGCCGCACAGUGGGGAAAACUCACCCUGUCAAGAAGGCAGUUGGUUCCGGCUCGGUGAGUAAGCAGGCGUUCCGGAAGCAACAGCUGAGGACGUGGAAGCUGCAGCAGCAGCAGCGUCACCUAGAGGAGAAGCGCCGGCAUGAUGAGGAGCGCCGCCACCGGGAAGAUGAAAUCCGGCGCAUCCGUGAUUUGUCCAAUCAGGAUGAGCAGUACAAUCGCUUUAUGAAGCUGGUGGGAGGAGCCAGGCCUCGGACGCGCAGUAAAUCCAGAGACUCUGACCACAGGAAGUCUGGUGGUAAAUCAGGUCUGGACACCUCAGGUAACUUGUACCAAUACGACAACUACGAGGAAGUGGCAAUGGACACAGACAGUGAGACGGGAUCACCAGUGGCGUCUCCAACUCGUAGUUCCUUUCCCCCUGAAUGUCCAGGAUAUCUGGGCGUCCCCCAUGCACCUCUCUAUGGGUCAGACCCUCUUGCCUUGGGACUGCCCUUCCUCCCCUCCAACAUUUCAACCGUUGCUCCCCCUCCUCCUCCACUACCACCUCCCCCUGAGAAGGAGCUGGAAGCUCCUCCAAAACCUCCUUUUGCAGAUGAGGAGGAAGAGGAGGAGAUGCUGCUGAGGGAGACGUGUCUCAUGUCCAUGGUCCACAAGAGGGUGGCGCCGUCCGAGGAGCAAACUUCGAGUGGCCCUGCCUCCCCCUGUGGUCCAGCUUCACCUAGCUUGGGUGUCCUGCCUCCGUCCAGAGGAAACUUGAGCACGGUCAGUCUGAAUACCGUGUCUCAGCCUCGAGUCAACAGGUUCCCCAGAGGGGGGCAUAACGCCCGGCUGCCACUAGUGCUGCCCAGACAUAAGUCCGUGGUCGUUUCUCUUAAUGACUCGGAUGAUAGCGACUCGGACAUGGACACCUGUGGCGCCCCUCAGAGUGUGUUUAGAGGAUUGGAGUUUAUGAUCAAAGAAGCUCGUAGAAUGGUGGAGGCGUCCAAACCUAAAGCAGCGACGGGAAGUGAGAAGGAGAACAAUCCACUCAGAACGUCUGAUUUGCAGCUAGAAGUGAAGAAGGCGGACUUUAAUCAGCUCAGAGUGGAAACCAACAGAGAGAAACAAAAAAGCGCACAGACGCUGACCAUGGAUCUGGCCAUGCAGAACUCCACCAUAACACCAGGGUCUGUAGUGGAGCCGUCCAGAAGAAUAACGAUGGAGAUGAAGCUCUGGGAGGCUGAGCAGAAACUCCAGAAGAACAGGGAGCUGGAGAUGAAGAAACGUGAGUCGCUGAAGAAUGCAGAAGCCAAAAUGUCCAAAUUGAGGGAGCAGCUGCAGGCCAGUGAGAAGAUAGUCACCGCUAACAGAACACUGCUGAAGAAGCUGCAGGAGCAGGUGCAACGUGUAGAACAUCGUGUGUCGGUUAAAAAGACACUUGCUUCUAAGUUGGAGGAAGAAGUCUUUCAAGCUCAGCUGCUGGCAGGAAGUGGAACCAAACGUAGAACUGAUUCUGUCCAGACAAUGGUGAAGAAGCGCCAGCGCAUUGACGGCACCCGUAGCAGCACCGGAAUUGACCCAAAGAGUCACUUUGCAGAACUGAUGAUUCAGAAGCAGCGGCUGCAGCAGCUGGAGUCUGAAUAUGCCUUAAAGAUCCAGCGGCUGAAGGAGGCCCAGGCUCUGCUCCAGGCAGAACCACCACGUGACCUUCCUCCAUCAGACGUUGAGGCCCAAGUGCCGCCGCCAUCUCCUUCAUUUCCCGUUCCCCAGCCGUCGUUGCACGACCUCACACAAGACAAACUGACCCUGGGCAGUGAGGACAUAGCAGAGGUAGACGAUACCGAAACAGAACCCGCGGCCACUGAUCGUGGCCCUCGGCGCCUUUCACUCCACCAGUCCAGUUCCUUCACCAAACCUAACCUCGAAGGCUCACUUCCUGUCAAAGAUGCUUCCAAACCAACCAAGAUGUCGCCGACGUCCCUGGUGCCUGCAGAGACGUUUGCAGGUCUAGACCUAGAAACCCUGAAGCUAAGGUACAAGCAGCAGGCAACGCUCAGUCAGAUCCUGCAGAAGGAGCUGCUGAGAAUGGAGGAGAACAAGCAGGACCUUGGAGCGUCUCAGGUGAAGAUGUCAUUGGAACUGGACUUGACAACAAAGCAGUCAGGAAACGCCAACCUCAGACCGGUUCCAUUUGCUCGUUAUCACAGUCCGUUACUGGUGUUCAGGUCAUACAGGUUCAGUCCAUACUACAGGACUAAGGAGAAGUUGUCUCUGAGCUCGGUGACCUACAGUAAUGUGAUUCAGCCCAAGAAGUUCUUUUGUCGCUUCGACCUGACAGGGACCUGUAACGAUGAUGACUGUGGCUGGCAGCACAUAAGGAACUGUGGGCUCACCGGGGACCAGCUGUACCAGGACCUCUUGUCCUACGACUUGUCUCUUAUUGGCUGCUCAGAGACGAGCUCAGAAGAGGACAUUUGCACUGCCACAGAGACAUACAUGAAGAAACUGUUCGGGACCAACAAAGACCGCAUGGGUGUGGACCAGAAGGCCGUCCUCCUGGUCAGCAAGGUCAACGAGAGCAGACGCCACGUCCCUCCCUUCACCACCUGUAAGGAGGCCUGUAGGUCGAGACCCAAACUGGGGGGACAGGGCGCUAUGAGCAGUGAGGCUGAGGCCGAGCACGAGACGUCUUCAGAAAGGGUCAAACCAGAGGAACACGGUGUGAACCUUGUCAGCAACAUAUCUCCGGACGUCUGUGUCGUCACAUCAGAGGACAAACGGUACUUCAUCAGUGAAACAGAUGACAUUUCAAACCUUGAGAGCAGCGUCCUGGAAAAUCCUGGAGACACUCAGCUUUGGAUCAAACUGGCCUUCAAGUACCUGGAGAGUUCUCUGGGGGACUCUCUGGAGGCAGCUCUCAACACCUUAUCCCGGGCUCUGGAAAACAACUGCGACGACCCUGAGAUCUGGAUCCACUACCUACUGCUGUUCUCCAGGAGGGGCAGCAGAGAGGAGGUCCAGGAAAUGUGUGAGAUGGCUGUGGAACACGCUCCAGACCAAAGGGUCUGGUGGAAUUACCUGACUCUGGAGACCACCUUUGAAGGGAAGGACUACGUGUGUGAGCGUCUGCUUCAGUUUCUAAUCGCAGAGUCCUCUUCAGGUGUCACAGAUGAACUGUCAUUCCACCUCAUGGAGGCGCUGUUCUACCGAGUGGAGCUGAACCUGUUUACAGGGCGGAGGGAGAGUGCCCUCGCCCACUUCCAGAAUUCACUGAAGUCACCUGACCACUGCAUCGCCGACCACCUGACCACAAGGGACCUCGCGCUGGUCUGGUUGUCGUACAUCCACCUGACACAGUUUGAUCGAAUGCCAUCCAGCCUUUAUGACCCAGCUGAGUCUGGACCGUCCAGACUGGUGAGCACUGAGAUCUUCCUCCUGCCAUGGACGACCUCGGACAUCCAGACCUGCCCCGACCUUAUCGCCCUGUUCCAAGAUGCCAUCUCUCAGUGCAGCAGCAGGUCUCCGUCUGCCCACGAGAGGGUCCGAGCAAGUCUGCCACUUUACCUCAACCUAGUUCAUCUGCACAAGCUCCUGAACAAGUACGAAGACGGGAUCUCACUGUGUGAGUCUCUGCUGAAGCUGUGCCCGGAUCUAAGGCCUUUGUUGGACGCUUUGGUGGAGCUGCACCUCAGGAGAGGAGACCAGGACCAGGCUGCAGCUGUUUGGCUCCAGGCUGUGUCCCGGUGUCCAGGGAACCCUGAGGUCCUCUAUGGCUGCUGCAGGUUCCUUGUGACUCAGGAGGAUGGGAAAUCUGUAGCUUCUCUAUUUCGGGAAUUUGUCCUUGGUCAAUGUGAGGAUGAGUUGAGUCAGGAGUCUCCGGUGGACAUCCUGCGCCACAUACUGGGGUUCCCCACUGAGCAGCUGAUGCAAGGACUGGAAAAUAAGAAGAGUGCGAUGGAGCACCUGCUCCAGCAGAGGGCGUAUCUGCACCUCAUCCACUGUCAGUGGCAGUGGCUGCACGGUUCCGUGGACGUGGCUGUGGACGCCUUUGAACGGGCUCUGGGAUCAGACCUGAACCUGGACGAGCUUCACACCCUGUGGAUGGACUACCUGCUGUUCGGCAGCAGUCACAUGACCCGAAGCUCUGCACGCAGCCGAUUCAAAGCCUUUUCAGAUCUGGUCCAGCGCUGCCUCAUCACAGUCCCAACCCGACUGGAGGUUCCCUUUAACCCCGCCCAGUUCUGGAACUGUUACAGCUUUCACAACAAGGUGAUCAGUUUCUAUCUCAGGCUCCUCCCACAAUCCCAGCAUUCAUUGCUACUGGAGAGACUCAGACCUGCAAUGACUAAUAACAUUGAGCUCAACCUGAGGUCGCUUGACAAGGAGCUGCAGGAUGGAAACCUGCAGCAGGUGAAAUAUUCCACCCGCAUUUUGAUCAACAACGUGCCUAGAAACCUGAGCGCCUGGAAACUAGCCAUUGCUGUGGAGGCGGAGCUCCAUCAGACGUCUGAGGUGCGGCUUCUGUAUCAACAAGCACUGAAGCUCCUUCCACUGUGUGCUGAGUUGUGGACGCAUCGCCUGCUGUUUGAAGCUGCUGACUGUGGCCCCGCAGAGCGGCUGAAACGAUUAGUCGACCAAUGUGAGCAGGUGGGCGUGAGCCUGGUGGGCGGAGCUCAAAGAGAUGAUGGCUGACGUCUGCAGACUGAUCAGCCAAUUGGCUGCAGAGCAGACGAGGUAAGACAGCAGGUUUCGCCCCCUGCUCGCUUGCUGUGUGGGCGUGUCCUUGAUGUGGGCGUAUCUCUGGUGCGUAAGUAUCGAGCUGCGUCUCCUCUUGUUUGUAUUACAUUACAUUCGAUGUAAUUUCUUCCUUUGAUAUGCUCUGAGAUGAAGGGGUGGAGUCACUUUGCUUUGCUUCCCCCUCCUCACCCCGGUUUUCGUGUAGCAAUUUCUUUUGGAAGACAAAGACUUUUAUUUUUCUUAAACUGAUCAAAACACAGAAGAAAAAGGAGGGGGCAGGACUGAAACAGAGACUGAGCCACAAGUCACAUAAACACACCACAGCAGGCAGUCAUGUGAUCACAGCGGAGGAGGAAACAGGAAAUAAUGUGAUUUUUCAUUUGUGCCGGAAGUUUUGAGGAGACGAACUUUGAGUAUUGAUUUAAAUGUUAUUAAAUUAUUUUCUAACAAAC